AUGGAGAACUACCUGCAGGGUUGUCGAGCUGCUCUGCAGGAGUCCCGACCCAUACAUGUUGUGCUGGGAAAUGAAGCUUGUGACUUGGACUCCAUGGUGUCAGCCCUUGCCCUGGCUUUUUACCUGGCAAAGACAACUGAGGCCGAGGAAGUCUUUGUGCCAGUUUUAAAUAUAAAACGUUCAGAGCUACCUCUACGAGGAGACAAUGUCUUCUUCCUUCAGAAGAUUCACAUUCCAGAGUCCCUCUUGAUUUUCCGCGAUGAGAUUGACCUCCAUGCACUGCACCAGGCUGGCCAGCUCACCCUCAUCCUUGUUGACCAUCAUGUCUUACCCAGAAGUGACGCAGCCCUAGAGGAGGCAGUGGCAGAGGUGCUAGACCAUCGGCCCAUCGAUCAAAAACACUGCCCUCCCUGCCAUGUUUCAGUUGAGCUGGUGGGGUCCUGCGCUACCCUGGUGGCUGAGAGAAUCCUGCAGGGGGCACCAGAGAUCUUGGACAGGCAAACUGCAGCCCUGCUUCAUGGAACAAUCAUCCUGGACUGUGUGAACAUGGACCUUAAAAUUGGAAAGGCAACCCUCAAGGACAACCACUAUGUAGAAAAACUAGAGGCCCUCUUCCCAGAUCUGCCCAGCAGAAAUGACAUCUUUGAUUCUCUGCAAAAGGCCAAGUUUGAUGUAUCAGGACUGACCACAGAGCAGAUGCUGCGAAAGGACCAGAAGAACAUCUCCAGACAAGGCACUAAGGUGGCCAUUAGUGCAAUAUAUAUGGAUAUGGAGGCUUUUCUGCAGAGGUCUGGCCUCCUUGCAGAUCUCCAUGCCUUCUGCCAGGCUCACGGCUAUGAUGCCCUGGUUGCCAUGACUAUCUUUUUCAACACUUACAAUGAGCCAGUGCGGCAGUUGGCUGUUUUUUGUCCCCACGCAGCGCUUCGAAUGACGAUCUGUGGAAUCCUGGAACGUUCCCACUCUCCGUCCCUGAAGCUGACCCCUGUCCCAAGCAGCCACCCUAACCUCCAAGCCUAUCUUCAAGGCAACACCCAGGUCUCUCGAAAGAAAGUUCUGCCUCUGCUCCAGGAAGCCCUGUCAGCAUAUUUUGACUCCACGAACAUCCCUUUAGGACAGCCUGAGACAGAGGGUGUGUCAAGGGAGCAGGUGGACAAAGAAUUGGACAGGGCGGGCAACUCCCUGCUUUCUGGACUGAGUCAGGAUGAGGAGGAGCCUCCACUGCCCCCCACGCCCAUGAACAGCCUGGUGGACGAGUGCCCCCUGGAUCAGGGGCUGCCAAAAUUCUCAGCCGAGGUCAUCUUCGAGAAAUGUAGUCAGAUCUCGCUGUCAGAAUCUACCACUGCCUCCCUGUCCAAGAAAUGA